UUGGUUUCCAGUAAGGGGACCCAAGCAUUUUUCAACAUCUCCUCAACUAGUGUGUCGGACUCUGGCAUCUAUGUGUGUGAGGCUGUAAACAAAUAUGGCAAUCAGAGUGAGAACGUCCAGAUUACUGUGCAAGCUCAUCCACUGGAGGUGUCUCUGGAGCCAGAUAUGAGCAUCAUCUCAGUAGAGCAUGGUUCCUCUAUGAUGUUGUCCUGCAAUAGUUCAGGGUGUCCUCAUGCUCAGAUCAUCUGGAAGAACCUGACACAUAAACCAAGCCUCAGCUGGAAUGACUCUCUGGCAUUUGGAUCCCAGCUUGGCCCAUGGACCGUAGAUGUGGAGGAUAACCGAUCAUUCAUAUGUGAAGUUAAAUGUGGCUCUGUCGUGAAGUCCAAGCUCACACAGAUGAAGGUUUUCUCCUUUCCUUCAGAUCCUACUAUUGAAAGUUCUGGACCUUUUCUGGAGGGUAAAGUAACCAACCUGACCUGCACAGUUCGUGACAUCUUCCCAGCUGACCAUUUUCAUAUACAGUGGCUGGAUGGAGAUGUGGAGCUGCACUCAAUGCGUGGGAACUUCUCAGACAAACUGCAAAACCUGAUUCUGACUCUCCCCUUCAAACCUCAAUACAGCAACCAAAAGAAAACUCUUACCUGCAAGGUGUCACUGAAGAUGGAUAAAAAAUCAUCACAGAAAACCGCUUCCACUACACUGGAGGUGCAUUAUCCACCCAAGCAUACCAGCAUUGCCGUGAGACCCCAGAAGAAAGUGAACGAAGGGGAGACUGUGACUAUCGUCUGCAGCACUGAGAGUGUUCCAGAGGGAGACGUUAUUUUAAAAAGGGUGUGGAAUGGAGAAGAGACAACUUUGGUUUCCAGUAAGGGGACCCAAGCAUUUUUCAACAUCUCCUCAACUAGUGUGUCGGACUCUGGCAUCUAUGUGUGUGAGGCUGUAAACAAAUAUGGCAAUCAGAGUGAGAACGUCCAGAUUACUGUGCAAGCACCUCCAAGGAAUAUCGUUGUGACAGUAUACCCAUCAAAGGUAGUGCAAGAGGGUGAUUCUGUCACAAUCUGCUGUCAAUCAUUGAGCUUCCCACCCUCUGACAUCACCUUAAGGAAACUCAACAAUGGAAGUGACAUCUACUCUUCUAAUGGCACCUUCCUGCUGGUGAACCUCACAUCCAACGACUCAGGCCAGUACCAGGUCAAAGCUACCAAUGCCCUGGGUUCCGACACCGAGAUUUUCACAAUUAAUGUACUCCAAAAAAGCAAAAACGAUGACAGUAUAUACACAGACCUGUUUCGAAGAAUAAGCUCUAUUGACUUCAUAAUUCCAGUCAUCGGCUUAGGACUUCUGGCUAUGUCAGCCAGUAUCCUGGACUACAUAAGGAGAGCAAAAAGGAAGGGUUUCUAUGAGUUGACUGAGGGCACACCAGAAACUGUGUAGACUGCAAAUGAAUCUAUGUAUUCUGCAUUGAACUUUAGCAGAGUCUACUGAACCUAAUCAGAUUCACAUUCUGCUGAACUGAAUUUCACUCAGUCACAGUUUGAGAUGUGCUCUGGCAACCUGAAUGACUGAUUUCGGUUUUGGUUUGUAAAACUCUGCUGAACUGGAUUGCACUACACUUAAAGGGAUCACAGUCACACUUCGAACGUCGAACAGAAACACACUCGUUUUAACAGACUCGGUUUAACUUAUACGGAUUCUGCUGAAUUGAAUUACACUCUAAAGACUUGGAUCACACUAUGUUGAACCGAGUCUCACACGACUAAACCGGAGCACUCUACAGAUUGUUCAGUUGAAGCAGAAUCUGCCGAACUAAACUUGAAUAAACUGAAUCGCACUCCACUAAACUAAAUUACAAUAUAAAUUAAGACUGUGACCGAGCCCUGUAAGGUCUUCCAUUUAUCUGCUGUGGUACUGUGAGAUGGAAAAGUCUCAGACUUUUGUAGCAGUUUGGUGUGUGUGUGUGCGUGUGUGGAGGGGUUUUUGAUGGGCUCUUGUCUUUGUAUACGACAUGGACAAUGAGCAUAAUGUAUAAAUUAUUUUGCAAAAACUUUAUUGGACAGAUUUCUCAUAUCUAAUACAGUCUUUCCAGCUAGGGGAAGUAUAAUUUCCUAAAAUAACUGCAGGGCUGAGAGAGAUAAACAUAAUUCGAGUGACGUGUAGCAUAACAUCACGUGUUAACGUCUUUACAGUGAUUGUAGUAGCCUUUUUAUCUUUCUAAUGUGAUAUCAGAAUUGGUGUCGGACAUUUAAAUGAGACAUUUAUGGCUGGUUAAUGAUUUUAUAAAGUUUUUUUUUUAUAAAGUCAUUUUCAUUCAUUUUUGACAUGUCUAAUAAAUAUUUAUUAUAGAAAAAGUAGCCAUAUAAUGUAAAUGCUGCCACUCUUGGGCCCUUAAUGGAUGCUGUAUCAUG